UUUUACUUGUAUUCUGUUCAAUUUUCACUAUUGCUUUAUUUUCCCUCACCAAACUGGAUAUUUUAGACGAGUAAACGUCUCUUUGACAUUUUAGCAAACACCUUGUAUGCAUUUUCACCAAUUGAAUUCAUUUCUCAUUCGCCUACUUAUCUGACGAGGAUAAAGAGAGGGAUUGAUGCAGAUUUGUUCAAGUAGAUCCUGGAAGGAAAAAUGAAAAAAGAAUCAGCUUUUGGUCCUGUUGGUAUUCUAGAUGGUUUCAAUGAUCAUAAAAGCACAAUCUCAUCAGUAGCUCUCUACAUGUUAAAAUCUUUAGUGUCACAUCUAGUAGACUGCUGCUGCCAGGUGAUCAAAAACAAAAUGAGAAGUGGACCAUAAUUGCAAAAUUUUCAGGGGUCCCUUCUAAGGUGACUCUGAGGUUAUGUCUCAAAUCUUCCAUUUCCCAUACAGGCAUAAAUUGGCGUCUAUGUGUAUGCAAUCCAUAAAUUUGUAAACCUUGUGAGAGAAGUCAUGGUUGCAUCAGUUUUCUCUGUGAUUUUUCGUCUUCCAUGCAUUUCAGUUGAUAUUUUGUGGCUUCAAUCAGAGGCGAAUCCUACAUAUAUGUAAGUUGUGGAUGCAAGUUCAACAACCACCACCUCUGACUCAAACUAUAUGCAUUAAAUUUUGUAAAGCAUGUUAGUUGGAUGCAUGUGACCCAUGCCUCUAACUUGAAUUUAAUAUUUACAGGUGCAACCACUAUCUUUAAAUCGUACAUCAACCUCGAAGUAUGUCCUGUGAUUUCUUGCUUAACCUAGAACUCUCACUAAUUAUGAGUUUCAUGGAUUUUAGUCGAGAUACUGGAAACUUUAUUUGGUGCCUUUUGAUGGACCAAAUAUGUCUGCCACGAUACCUAACUCUUUUAGAAAGAAAAAGGGCUUGCCAAGAAUUGAAUAUUUGUUUGGUCCCUACAAGUAACGAAUUCUGUCAGCACUCAACAAAAGAUUAAUCAUUAGCUUCCUUUCUUACAUUGGCUCUUUUAUCAUUAAAACCAUAACAUGUCAGUUGGUAAACUGGACACUGUUAUACAAUAUCAUCCAUGCUCUCUCCUAUGGCCAUUGUAUUUGCAACUGGAAAUUUCACCUAUGAUAUUGGAUGCAUAAAUGGUUUUAAAUAUUGGUUUCUGAGAUUCUGGUGUUUUAAUAGAUUUUGUUCUUGUGUGCUAUAUUUGAGGCGGAUAUGGCUUGUAUUAGAGUAAACUUGAAACCUGGUAUACCACUGUUAAACUGAAGCAUGUAUUGUUAGGGAUUUAGAGAAGUACGUACAGAGCCAGAGCUAUUCUUUGAUGACUGUAAGAUGAGGCGUAUUUACUACAAAGUGAUUCCAGUUAUUUUUACCUUACAUAUAACAUUUCAACUUAUUUCCUAUCAUACAAAAUCUUAUAAAAAACUCCCCCUUUUUAGGAGUGGAAAGGAGGGAUAUGAUGGUAUUCUAAUAUCCUAAACACAAUUAGUACAAUCACUUGUCUCUUCUUCUUUCCUAAUCAAGGUUAAAUACUUAUGCAUGCAUUUACAAAUGGUGGAUGGCACCAAAAAUAUCUAAGUACUAGUUUAGCAGUGAGCUCAAAUUCUGCAUGCCCUUGAAUUCUCGCAAUUGCAAUUCUUCGAGUAGUUAAACUUGUUCCUUAGUCUACUACUAAUGGUUUUCAAUAAAAUAUGUAUAUUUAUCCCUUCCAUUAUUUCUUGUAGGAUAGCAAUGAACAGACUAAAUGAAUAGAUUCUCUCGGAAUGCUAGCUAAGCUAAUCGUCUUAGUUCCCUUCAAUUUCAAUAAGCUUUUUGAUUGAUUCAGGUGCCACCUCCCUUUUUAGAAUUAGAACCCCAAUCUGAUUGUUCUGGAUGUUUCAUAUGCAUUUAUCUUUUUCCCGGUAUAUACUUGUAAGGAAUCAUUUUGGAUUUCUUCUGCAUAAAUUCUAUUCUAUGGGUCAAUUAAGUGGAUUUCAGAGUUUCUUGUCUAAUUGGAUACUUGGUUCUGACCAGAUACUAUGAAUGUGAUGAUUGUUUGUUUAUAUCUAAUAGUUGCUUAGAUUUAUAAAAGAUUUCACUUUGUAUUCAAGUUUGACUACUGAGAACAUGAAAGGAAAGGGGAUAAAAAGAGUGGGGUAGAAAAAGCAAGAGCUUGCUUUAAUGAAGCAAUAACACUGUAGAAAAGAUUUGGUGUUCUCUUCUUUAAUUCUACUAUCCCUAAAACAAUCAGAAAGUACUAUUACUCAUAUAAUUUUUGUAACUAGUGAUGCCUAAGAUAGGAAAUAGGAGGAAACAUAUUUAAUGGCGAAGGCAAGUGUUGACCUUUAAUUUAACAGUUACUGAUCUCUGUCACAUUAACAACUCAUGCUUUUAUUUGACAGAUCAAGAGUGGGUUAUUUUUGGUUUCAAAAGAGUAACAAUUUAUCUAUCAAAUAGUAAUAGUACAUGCAGUAGUCCUAUAAUACACAGUCCCUAAUUUGUCUGUUCCCAAAACAUCCAAGACAAAUAACAACUCAUGUUACUCUCAAGUGAACAAAUUUGCUUAUGUGCACAAAGAAAUAGUUACAUGUUUAAAUGCGGAUAAGAUAACAUUUUAGUCUCUUUGUCAUUUGUGAAACAUGCAUAGGUGAAGUUUGUUCCUAUGCAUCUCUGUUAAAAGUUAAUGUAAGAAAACUAGGUGUCAGGUGGGACUCUAUAUCCUUGAAAUACUGAACCAACAACUAUCAUUUUUAUUGUGUUGAUAAGUUGAACUGUAAUUUGACCAUGAAUUCAAACAUGACUUGCUUGUUGCUGCAACAAGCACCAGAAACUUAAGAUUAAACUUUAAAAGCUAUCAACACUUUGAAUUGACUUCUACAAAUAUGCAAAGUCAUCCUUCAAGCACAGGAAUAUCUGUUUUAUGCCUAAGUAUCAUUGGCAAUCACUUGUGAACAUACUUUUUAAUUGAAGCUGAAAAAGGCUGCCACAGUUGUCACAUCCGCUCGCAUAAUAUAUUCCACCAAAUGGAAGUUAAAAAGUUGAAAUAUGUGUGUUGCAUGCAUGUAUGUAUGUAUGAGAUAAAUAAUUUAACUACUGGAAAGAGACUUUUCUGAAAUUAACUUUAAUGAAGAGUUACAUGUCCUUUUAAAGGUUUGAUUAACCAAGAAACAUAUUUAGCAUCUUCUAAAAAAAUGAUUCUUGAAUCCCAAUCACCAUUACAACUUCCUAUUUUGGAUAUCUCCCAACCAUCAAACUCAUCUACUCUAUCUUCUCUUGCUGCUGCCUGCAAAGAAUGGGGCUUCUUUCAUGUUAUCAAUCAUGGAAUCUCCAAUGAUCUUUACAGAAAAAUUAAUUGCCUCUCCAAACACCUCUUCAACCUCCCUUCUGAGACCAAACUAAAAGCAGGUCCUUACUCGUCUUUGAAAACUUAUACUCCUCAUUUCAUUGCAUCUCCAUUCUUUGAAAGCCUUAAAGUGUCUGGACCAGACUUCUCUGACUCUGCUAAGGGUUCUGCGGAUACCCUUGCUGGUGAAGGGAAUUCAGAAUUCAGUGAAAUACUGCAAGAAUAUGGAGGCAAAAUGACAGAGUUAGCGAAAGUCAUCCAGAAAACUGUCUUGAUGAGCUUGGGAGAAGAACUUGGAAUGAAGUAUUAUGUCUCAGAAUUUGGUAAUUGCCAUGGAUACUUGAGGAUAAAUAACUACUCGCCCCCGGAUAGUUUAGAACAGGAAGUUGAAGGCCUUGGUAUGCACACUGAUAUGAGCUGCAUAACAAUUGUCUAUCAAGAUGAAUUAGGUGGCCUCCAAGUAAGAUCAAAGGAUGGGAAGUGGGUGGAUAUUUUGCCAUGCGAAGGAACUCUUGUGGUAAAUAUUGGUGACAUGCUGCAAGCUUGGAGCAAUGACAAACUAAGAUCCUCUGAGCACCGUGUCAUUCUGAAGAAGCCGGUGAACCGCUUUUCUUUAGUUUUCUUUUGGUGCUUUGAGGAUGAGAAGGUGAUCUUGGCACCUGAUGAUGUAGUUGGUGAAGAAAAUUCAAGAAUCUACAAGUCAUUUGUUUGCUCUGACUAUUUAAAAUUUAGAUUGACCAAUGAGAAUGGUAAAUUCGAGAAAGUUGGUUUUACAGUUAAGGAUUUUGUUGGGAUUGGAUCCAAGUUAAAGUAGAAGCAUGGUUAUCAUUCUUUGAGUAGUUAGUUUAUAAGCUUGUACAUCUCCUCAUGUUCCAUCAUUGCAACAUAGGUAUAUAGGAGUUCUGUUUGUGUGAAAGUUUUUUUAUAUAAUAUUAUGUUUUGUUAUUUGAUGAUAUUGUUUGCAAAUUACUUGUAAGUGCAUUCAGUGAAUGAUAAGAAGAUGUAUACAGAAAGGUUUUGACUUGACAUGGAUAAUAACUGAAUGCAUGUCUAGUUGGAAGUCCAACUUCCAACUCAUAUUUCCAUUAAAAUUCUAUGUUUGCCACUUGGCAUGUUUGGUUUUAUUAAUUAUCUACAUAUGCAAAGGGCAUAUUCUAGAAGCAGA